CAUUAGCUCUUUGCUUUGCAAUUCUAUUCCAGCAAGGACUUCAAACACAUCUCCGUCUUUUCUCUUUGAUUUCUACUAGAAAGGGCAAAAGGGAAUAAGCGUCAUCAAAUUUCUCGUUAGAGCUUACAGCUUUACAUGUCACUGAAAGGUGCUAAAUGUUUUAUAGCUACUGUAUAACCAUCAAUGGCGACUGAGAAGAGCCCAAAUGAGAAGCCAUCAUCUGCAACUCCAACUCCAACCAUGGCUUCAUGCCGGAAGAAGAAGAAUGAAAAUGCAACUUUCCUGGAAGAUGUAAAGGAUCACAUCGAUGAAUUCAUCCAUGCUUCUAUGGACGAACACAAAAGUUGCUUUCAGAAGACAAUCAAGAAGAUGUUCGGCAUGUCAAAAGUUGUUGCAGAAAGGAGUUUAGAGACUAAGGAAGUGGAAAGUUAUUUGCCUCUCCAAACGACGGUGGCUGAGUAAGGUGUCUCUAGUCUUUCUUGCCUUGACCUUACAUCAACUCUGUGCUACGAGCUUGGCACCAGAUUUAGAUAUGUGUGGCUCUCUUAACUUCCUACGAUCAUGCAUAUGUUAAUUAUAGGAUUUGGAGUAUCAUUUUGUCUUUGCAUAAACCCAUGGCACUAUAUGAAACUGGAAUUGUAUGAAGUAAUAUGAUUUUUGUAAGACUUUCCUUUUAUUUGUCCUAAUUAGUGACCGGAUUGCUAGCUA